AUUCUGAAAAGGGAAGUACGGUGUGUGAACAUCUGAAAAUCCCAAGUGGCCCAAAAUGCAGAUGAGAAAGAUUAAAGGCCCAGAGAGGGUGGAGAGGCUGCAGUGAAUUGAGGAAGCUCCAGCAGGGACGCCGAGAGAAGAGACGGGCAACGCAGGCGGACGGCUCAGAGAACACCGAGAGGAAUCGGUGAGAGGGAUUGGGGUUCAACAUCACUGGCAACAUUAUGAUACCACAGACUCUACCUGAGGGGGUGUUGGUAAUCAUUUCUUCAACUGGGAUCAGUAUCUCCCAGACUGGACAGGCUGGAUCAGCGGAAUCUCCCAAAAAGCCACCUAAUAAAGUGAAGAAAAUCCUUAAGGAGGAAUCAAGGGUCCUAGGGGUUCUCCAGAUUCUGAUCGGCCUGAUACUCCUGUUCUUGGGGGGCAUUUUGGCUUCUGUUUCGGUCCAUCCUGAUCUCCAGCCUUUGUUGAGGUACCCAUUCCUGGGAGCAAUGUUGUUCAUCAUUUCAGGCUCCCUCUCAGUUGCGGCUGAAAGAAAACCCACCAAACUGUUGGGACAAGGCAGCCUAGGAAUGAACGCCAUUAGCGCCUUAGCUGCGGCUACUGGGUUCCUGAUCCUCACCAUCAAUAUGGCCAAAAUUGCCUCGAACCCUGAUCUCUGUCUGCAUUCGUUUUCACACCAUCCCUUUGCCUCGGGUCAUUUUGACUACGAUGAGCCCGACCAGACCGAAGAGACUGUAACAGCAACAGUGAAGACCGAAAUAACUGAACCCGAGAGACAUUUGUUAGUGCAGCAUUACGAUUAUUUCCCUCACUUUAUUUUAACCUUCUUGGAUGAAAUGUGCUUCUUGGCUAAUUCCAGUUUGAAUCGGAUUAAAUCUAUGAUGCUCAUUCUCACCAUCCUGGAAUUCUGCAUCGCCGCCUUCCUCACCUGCAUUAUUUGGAAAGCAUCUGACUUUCGAUAUAACAAGAGGAUGAUUUUCCAGGCACAGUCUCAAGGGAUCAAUUCCUGUGGACUUAGGACGGCGCGGCUCGAAUCUGACUAUGAAGAGUUGGUGACUACUUAGCUGGAAAUCCACCCAUUCCAACGGAGAAGCGAAUCCAGUGAUUGAUGCCCGGGCAGAGAAGAUGGGACAAGAAACAGGCUGAUCAUAACCCGUCUCCCCCCUUAGACUGUAAGCUCGUUGUGGGCAGGGAAUGUGUCCAUCAACUCUGUUGUACUGUACCCUUCCAAGCGUUUAAUACAAUGCUCUGCUCUAAGUAAGCGCUCAAUAAAUACAAUUGAUGUUGAUGGUGACGAUGAUUAGA